AUGUCAGAGGGAAUUGAGAACAGUUUAAUUUCCGCUGUCGAUAAUCAACAGGCACAGCUUUUGUCGAUCACCCAAGAGCUGGUUCAGCAGAAUUCCUCAAACCCACCUGGAGAUGUCUCUACAGUGGCGACUAUAGCAGCUAGGAUUAUUGGAGAGGUUAUUCCUUCAAGCAAAGUCUCCAUCUACGAAGCUGCCCCAGGAACUAUCAACGUUGUCGCGGUGAUACAAGGAAAAAUCCCUGGGCAUGGAAGGAAGCUAGUCUUUAGCGGACAUCUCGACACCUAUCCUAUUGGGGACGAAGAGAAAUGGACGUUUCCACCUCUUGGCGGUGUCAUAUCCGAGGACGGUACACGUCUUUAUGCACGAGGAGCGACAGACAUGAAAGGGGGUAUUGCGACGUCUAUAAUUGCAGCGAGUGUUUUGGCGGAGCAUAAUGAACACUGGAGCGGUGAGAUCGUGAUUGCGCUAGCAGGAGAUGAGGAGACAAUGGGUACACUUGGCUCGGGCUAUCUUCUAGAGCAUGUCAACGCUGUAAGCCAGUGUGAUGCCAUGAUUUGCGGAGAUGCCGGUUCCCCAGCCGUGCUGAGAGUUGGAGAAAAAGGUCUGGUUUGGGUGGAGAUCAAUGCAACAGGAAGCCCCGCACACGGUGCACACGUGCAUCGAGGAUCCAGUGCCAUCGAAAGGCUAAUUGGCGCUAUUUCGGCUCUGAAAGACCUUGAGAAUCUACCAGUACAAAAUCCACAGGACGUGGAAGACAUCAUCACUGAAGCUAAGACAAUUUCCGAGCCUCUUGGUGGAGCGGGGGAAGAGAGAACACUCAAAAGAAUCACGGUCAACAUCGGAACGAUCUCCGGUGGGGUUUCAGCCAACCUUGUGGCCCACAAAGCUCAAGCCGAGGCUGAUAUCCGCUUGCCAAUGGCUAUCACAGCUUCUCGGCUCGUUGAACACAUUCAUACUGUGCUGGAUCCUCUGGAAGGCAUCUCUUUUCAGAUAACAAGGCAAUAUGAUCCCUCCUGGACAUCCCCUUCACAGGAAAUCGUUCGUCAUACAUUAGCGGCGGCCAGAGCUGUCGUGAGCAACGAGGCAGCACCUGUUAUUAAUUUGCGAGUUGGAGCAUCCGACGCGAGAUUGUUUCGACAGAAAGGGAUACCAUCGGUAAUCGUUGGACUCACACCGCACAACAUGGGAGGACCGGAUGAAUACGUUCAGAUAGAGGAGCUGUCUCAGGUGGCCAAAAUACAUACCCUGGCUGCUUGGCGAUAUCUGAAGGCAUAA